AUGCAAAUAAACCCUACCAGCGGUCAUCUUCCUGAACAAGACGAGUUACAGCUACACAAGUUCUCUGCGCGCACAAAAUCUAGUCAACAUGGCCAUCCCCACUCUCGUUCCGUCAAUGCCGCCAGUGGCGAGCAAGGCGCUCCGCACAUUCUCGCCAUACCAGCGGAGUCGCUUACGCAUAUCACAGCAUUCCUUGAUCCAGCAUCACUUUUUGCCUUGGGACGGGCAAGCAAGAUCUUGCAUGAACACAUAGACGACGAUAACACCUGGCACACUGCAUUUGCAUGCCAGUUUUUAGGCGAGGGGGAGGAAACCCCCAAUUCGCCGCAAAGUAUCCUUCUACGCCGCUGUGAAGACACGUGGAAAAGAGAAUUUGUCCUGCGAUGCAACCUGAUUCGUCGCUGGGAGCGCUGCCGGAACGGCACGGUCUCUCAUACGCCGCAUUAUUCUCCCGUUAUGGCUAUAUACCUCUUGUCCGAUCGUUCUUAUGGACCAUCUCUACUCUCAGUCUCGUUGCAAUACGGUAUCGUUGCACGUUCCUUCCCACUUUCCGGGAAAGUGCUCAAAGGUUACAUUACUUCGUGGGACGGCUUUGGCCUUGGCAAUGGAAAUCCAAAUGCUGAAUUCACACCGAACGUGACCUCGUACGCUGUAACGAGCGAAGGCUGGACAGUCCGAGUUGCAUUUGGCCUUGCCGAUGGCGUAGUUGCACUUGCCACUGUGAUGCGUGUUAUGGAGUCGGCUCGCGUUUCGUCCAGAAUUGAACGCUGCUUCUUACCCGAGGAACACAGAGGGCCAGUAGUAGAUUUGGCUUUAGAUAUGGCCUGGGGUAGCACUGCUGUUGUCUCGGCCGGAUCCGACGGGGAAGUGCGCGUUUGGGAUGUCAGGAGGCAUAUACGUUGCAUUUAUUUACUGACGGAUCAGCAAAGCCUUGUCCCGGAUGCAUGCGUCCAUGUCCUGUCCAAUCUUGAACGUGGAAUCGUUUUGGCUACGAAGAAAAGCGGUGCAACAGUUAUCUGGACCGGCUUGUCUAUCAAGGACGAAGGCUCGCAGAUAGAAGUUGUACCCACCAGCAUUCGAAUUCCCACCUUGAAGGAGAAGACGGAAGCUUCACACGUCUUUCUAGACAAUUCCACGGCUCCGGAGGAGCUGUCUUUCGGCAUUCAUUUUCAAGGUGAUACGCACUUCUAUCGUGUUAAUGUUAACCUUGCUACUGGUCAACAUGAAGUAAUACGUUUCGGCGACGGUCCCCUCGGUCCUAUCCAGACGAUUAAACCCUUCUUUGCAUCUAUUACAGAGGGCGGGAAAACUGUCAUCUUUGCGGGAGAUUCUCUUGGUCGUCUGUCCCUCUUUGAUUGGUCGCCAACUCCUGAAGCAGGACAAGAAGUCUCAUCGUUUCGCCGGCUCGAUGCAAGCUCAGACGGUGCUGGCAUCUCGGCUAUUGCUUGUAAUCCUUAUGUUGUCGCAAUUGGCACCACGCGUGGUGCGACCAAGGUAUACAAUAUCCUUACGCUGAACCUGCUUCGCGAGUUUCCGAGUCCUAUUCCGCGGCCAAGCACGACCGCAACAGCGGUAAAACAAAUUAUACUGGAGAAAGAUCUGUUACUUGUUGCCGUCGGUGAACGGAUUUUGGCGUGGGAAGCAAAGCCUGUGCGUCCGCAUAAGCCGCUGGCUACGUCGAAGAGAGGAACCGGAAAGGUCCGUAAUGCAAAGUGGCAUAAGAGAAUUGAGCUGGCUCAGGAUAUAUCAGAGUCGCGAAAGGCCGUCGAAGACGUGCAAGCUUCCGAAAGGCGCACUCAUGAGCGUCGUCGUGCACACCAUGCAGCCCUUGUAGGUCUAGGUCUCGAUGAACACGAGGCUCUACAGUAUGUCCUUAUGGUUAGCCGUGACGAAGCAGCGCACCAGACGCAAGCCGAAGAAAGUGUGUUCGAUGCCGAUUUCGAGGAUGCCUCUUCGGCACCUUUGGCGUCUCGGUCGAGCUCGCGCUCCGAAGGUCACUCUACGUCGGAUGUUUCUCCGCCAUUGGGACCUUCAUCUUCACCAUCGGCUUCACCUACGAGCGUAAGAGCAUCUCCGUCACUGCCACGUCAAUCAUCAAGUGAAGGAGGUAUUGGCUCAAGCCCUCUCGGUCUCGGCAUACCUCCUCGAAGACUCGUACCACCUUCACUGGACGAUGCAGAACAUUUUCCAAUAAUGGGGUCUAGUGCUUCAAGCUCGUCCUCUCUUCCUCGUGCAUCUCCAGCUUCCGCUUCAGGAUCUUGGAGCUCCCCACUUAAAGUUGCUGGUUCCUCUUCAGCAGCGUUACCAUCUCCCGUGACUACUGUCCCCGUGGCCAGUAUCCCAGCUAGAAGAAGCGUUUCAGGUCCUGCUACGUCGUCUGGGCCUUCGUUGCUUUCUGAGACGCUGCGUAUGCACCGUGAGGCGGAGUCCGGUGGUACGGUUAGUGCAGGGCCUUCCAUGCCCACGAAAGGAGGUGCGGAUGAAGAGAUGGAUGCGGAUUUGAAGUUGGCGCUUGAGCUUAGUUUGGCUGAGGCACUUAGUCUUCGGGAGAAAUGA